AGUGCUCCUCCCCUCCCUGCAGCACUGUGCUGGACGCUCAGAAAAGCCUUCCUUUCUGUUGAGAAUCCAGAGACCCUGCCCAGGGCCUUCCUGGCAGACAGGGUCGCCAUUGUGGCACUGGCCCAAGGAAGGAGGCUCUGGAGAGGGCAUUUUAUAGGAAAAUGUCUAGCGAGCACAGUAGUUAAGACUUGUGGUCAAGGCUAGAAGUGAAUACAGGCCUCAGAACCUUACAUGCUCUUGUCCCCUGAGGUUACUGCCCCUGGGGGAACAAGCUGUUGGUGUCACAGGGACUUUCAGAGAACACCACCGUGGACCACAGCGUAAUUUCCCAGUGGAAACUCAGCAUCCCCACUCCCUCAGUUAGGAGUGUUCCUGUCUCUUUAAGUUGUCACCCCGGGCCCCACCCCCCACCCCACGCCUGGGCUUCCUGCUCUCUGAGAUCUGAGAGGCAGGACACUUCCACUGGUACCAGGAGGAACAGCCUGCUGCACUGAAACAGGAGGACAGCCGUUGGUCUGUUGGUCCGGCACUUCUUGGACUGUUGUCUACCUGCAGGAAAGCUAAGCAUGGGAGGACGGAAGGAGGCACAAGAUAAGAAAAAGGCCCAGGGUUCUGAAGACAGCACGUGGGGCCUGCAGGAGCGGAAGCUGAGGCUCAUCCUGGCAGGGAGGACAGGGGCGGGGAAGAGUGCCACUGGGAACAGCAUCCUGGGCAAAGGGGUCUUCGUUUCCAGGCUCGAAGCCACCUCAGUGACCACAACGUGUGAGGUGGGGAGAUGCAGUUGGGGUGAGUUGCAGGUGGAAGUCAUGGACACCCCGGACAUUUUCAGCUCCCAAGUCCCCAAGACAGAUCCGGGAUUCCAGGAGCGGGCGCGCUGCUACGUGCUGUCGGCACCAGGGCCCCACGCAGUGAUCCUGGUGACUCAGCUGGGCCGCUUCACGGCCCAAGACCAGCAGGCCCUGAGCGCGCUCAAGGACCUGUUCGGGGACCGCGUGACGGCGCGCACCAUCGUGCUGUUCACACGCAAGGAGGACCUGGCCGGGGGCUCGGUGCAGGAGUUCGUGCGUGACACGGACAACCGCGCACUGCAGAAACUGGUAGCCGAGUGCGGGGGCCGCGUGUGCGCCUUCAACAACCGGGCGGUGGGCACGGAGCAGGAAGCCCAGGUGAAGGAGCUGCAGGGGCUGGUGAAGCGCCUGGUGAGGGCCCACUCCGGUGCCCCCUUCACCAACAAGGUGUAUGGCCUGGCACAGAACCUCGCCAGGAAAAACAUGGACCAGGAGGAGCAGGAGCGCAGGGUGGCCAAGAAACUGCAGGACCGCCAGCAGGCCUGGUGGAGACGGUUGUUCAGGGCUGGGUGGCAGACAGAGAAGAUGAUCCGGGCCCUGCUGCUGGGCCCCCUGGUCAAGGUCUGGCUGCUGCUCACCAGACACCAGCCUGAGGCCCAGGUUGGUCCUGAGUGACAGGCUGUAAACAGGACUGUGACCGGCCAGCUGACAGUCAUACUCAUCUCUGCUGUCUGUGCCUCCAGGGUCUGCAGGCUUUGCUUGCAUCCCUCACCUGGCAAUAAUCUACCAACGACAAGGUCCUACCAGGGUCCACGGCCCACUGCCUCGAAAAACACCUCCCCGCAUCCAUGCCCCUGUGACCUGGCCUCUCUGGGCUCCUUUCCUACUUCAGCCAAGUAACUGUUGUUGCUUUUCCUGGUUUCCACUGACCUCAGGCUGUGUCCCCUGUCACUGAAUCAGCCCCAGUGUCCCCACCAGACCAAGCAUGGGAACCCACACAAACCCUCAGCCCAUUCCCAUUUGUUUCAGUUGACCAUGAAUUGAGUGAAUAAAUGCACUGGAAGUUCACCUCA